UCCCCUACUACCGGCCAGCAGACGAAUGUCACCCUCGCGAAUCUUCUCCAUUAUCUUUCCAGCCAGACAAACCGUGUGAUAGCGAAUCUGGCAGGGGGUUUGCCCAACGAGGGGAGCGUCGUCAUCACCACGGCGCUCAAGGAAACGGACGAGUUGACCAAGACUCUGCUCGCGCCGUUGUUAACGUCCAUUAGCGACGCGAUCGAAAGUAUUAUUCUAACGAUGCACGACGAUCCCGAAUUUAGAGACACAAGUAGCCCUCUGGGAAAGGAAAUUGGCUGUUCUCUUUACAUGCGCGAAUUGCAAGGCUUCAUUCUACGAUCCGUGAAUACGUUCUUACUGCCGUACAAAAAUCAAGUGGUUGUAGCCGAGUGUUGCAAAGCUGUCGCGUCGAGAUGCAUAGAGCUAUUUGUGCGUCAUGCUUGCCUGCUGAGACCGCUGACUGAUUUUGGGAAAGCAAAACUUCUGGCGGAUUUC